UUUAAAAGCUCUCAACUUCAGAACAUUUUUCGACGAGUUUUGAUUACUAUACACUUGGAUAUACGGUUAAAACGUUUUACUGCCGACACCGAACAUGGUGUCUACAACCAGCAAAUUUGUUAUAAUUGGUUUUUUGGCGGUGGCGAUUAUUGCUGUCACACAAGGUAAGCCUCUCCCCAAGGAUGACGGUAAGGAUAAGCCGGCAGCCGGUGUGAAACCACCGCCACCGAAGAAAGACGAACCACCUCCACCGCCCCCGGAUGACCAGAUGGACCCCAACGCACCACCGCCACCGCCGGAUAUGGACGAUCCCGGCAAUGACGAUGAUACCCCGCCCCCACCGCCCCCUCCCAAAAAGCCGCUGCCGAAGAAGGACGUUAAAGCUGCAGGCCGGGAUGACGCCAACCCUCCGCCGCCGAAAGACGGCGAGGCCCCGCCACCGAAAAAGGACGCAAAGGGGGGAGCAAAGAAGGACGAUAAGCCGCCCCCGCCACCUCCUGGGGAUGAUGUGCCACCACCACCACCUCCCAAGGACGGUGAACCGGACGCGCCCCCUCCUCCUCCUCCAAAGAAGGGUGACAAGCCCCCUCCGCCGCCCAAAAAAGGCGAUAAGCCACCUCCGCCACCCAAAAAGGGAGAUAAACCACCUCCGCCACCUCCUGGUGACGACCAUCCUCCCCCGCCGCCCCCCGAUGGCGAUGCUCCUCCACCGCCACCGCCCAAAGAUGGGGAAGCACCGCCUCCGCCACCUCCAGGGAGGAAACAUCCGCCGCCGCCGCCGAAAAAGGGCGACAAACCACCUCCGCCUCCUAAAAAGGGAGAUAAACCACCUCCGCCACCACCUGGAGAUGAUGACCACCCACCACCACCACCCCCAGACGGUGACGCUCCUCCGCCACCUCCCCCAAAAGACGGAGAAGCACCACCUCCGCCUCCUCCCGGAAAGAAACCGCCUCCACCACCUCCAGGAAAGAAGCAUCCGCCGCCACCACCCAAGAAGGGCGAUAAACCACCUCCACCACCACCUGGAGAUGAUGACCACCCACCACCACCACCUCCAGACGGUGACGCCCCUCCGCCACCUCCCCCGAAAGACGGAGAAGCACCCCCUCCGCCCCCUCCCGGAAAGAAGCCGCCUCCACCACCUCCCGGACAUAAACCACCUCCACCUCCCAAAAAGGACGAUAAGGCUGGCGGUAAAAGGACGAUAAGCCACCUCCCCCACCGCCGAAAAAAGACGACGAUGCCGGGGAUGCACCGCCGCCACCUGGGGAUGACAAUCCCCCGCCCCCUCCGCCAGCCGACAAGAAACCGCCGCCCCCGGGAAAGAAGCAACCGCCACCAAAACCCGGCGCAAAAACGACUCCCGCAGCGCCGGUUAUGCACCAGGAAGCGCCUAAGCCCAUUAAGGAGAAAGACUCCAAGGGCACCAUGGUGGGGGGUUCGGAUAUGCUGGAUUAGCUUGUAAUGGUAUCGACUAUGAUCUCGAAUACGUAUCGCUACAAUAUUGGCAGUCAGCUCGUUUUCAGCAGGCUGCCAGACACAAAAUUAGAAAUGUCGGUCUUAUUAUUAUGAAUUCAUGACAGCGCAUAUUGUUGUUGUUGAUAAACUUGGUGCCUGGAACAGUAACCAAUUGUUUUCCGCUGGAGGCUGUACGGUUUUGCCGACCGGAAAUUGUUAGGCCGCGUAAUACGCAGCCGUCAUUCUACUGCACAAAGUACUUUUGCCUCAUAAUGAAUGUCAGUAAAUGGAUGUUUGCGAAUAGAAGUAUUUGUUGGAUAACAGCAACUGUCAAAUUUAC